GUCACAAGUGUUGAAAAUUAAUUGCAAAAAUGAGUGAAAAGGCUGAACGGGACAAAAAGGCAAUAGCCACGUUUUACGCCGAACUGAACCGUUUCGGCCAGAAUGGAGAAUACGAGCGUGCCAUAAAAACAGCCAAUAAAAUUCUGAAUUUGGCCCAGCACGAGUUUCUGGCCUUCCACUACAAGGUAGUGUGCCUUAUUGAGUUAUCGAAGUUCGACGAGGCCAUUCGUUUAUUGAACGGCAAUGCACAAUUCGACGGCGAGUUGAUUUUCGAGAAAGCUUAUUGUUUCUACCGCGCCAAUAAACACGAAGACGCUCUUAAAACAAUCGACCAACUGCCGGAACUGGACCUGCGGUCUAAGGAACUAAAAGCGCAGAUUUUCUACCGUCUUGAGAAGUAUGACGAAGCUGCGGCUCUCUACCGCGAGAUUAUUAAAAACACCGACGAUGAUUACGAAGACGAGCGGCAUACGAAUCUGGGGGCUGUCAUGGUGCACUUGGACGAUGAGGAUACUAAAGACAGGAUUGAGGACUUGAGGGACAACACGUACGAGCUUUGCUUCAAUAAGGCUUGUCUGCUAAUCGCCCACGGACAGUACACGGAGGCCGAGAAGAAGUUGCGACAGUGUGAGAAACUGUGCAGGGAGAUGUUGGAAGAGGAGGAGGCUUCGGAAGAAGAAAUAGACGUCGAUCUUGCCCUAAUAAAAAUCCAACUUGCUUUUGUUUACCAAAAACAGGGCCGGGUCAAAGAAGCCCAUCAGUUAUACACUGCCAAUCUUAAGAUAAAAUUGGACGAUGUUGCCCUCAUGGCUGUCGCGAGCAACAAUAUUGUCUGCAUUAACAAAGACCAGAAUCUGUUUGAUUCGAAGAAAAAAAUGAAAGUUGCGCUUAAUGACACUCUCACGUACAAACUGCCCUCCAAACAGAGAAAAUACAUCGCGUUAAACAACGCUAUCUUGAACUACUACAUCCACCAGGUGGACCAAUGCGAAAAAAUUUGCAAACAAAUCGAAAAGCAAUGGCCCGAACUUGUCACUUGUACAACUGUUUUACGUGCCCUUACGUUGCUUAAAGGAGACGACGCUAAGGAAGCUAUUAAUUUGUUGGCAAAAGUGACCCCAAAGUCGAAACAAGACGAGCUUUACAUAAAACUGUGCAUGGCUCAGCUUCACUUGGUCCAAGGUGAUAAGGCCCAGGCGUGCAAAAUAUUGGAAAAUCAGGGCGAGAACAGUUACAAGCCGGGCAUUGUGGGGGCGCUCACUACCCUCUACCUGGGUCUCGGUAACGAGGAACAAGCACUGCGAGUGUUUGAAAGAAGUGUCGAUUGGUACAAGAAAAAUAAAACUGAGGAGGUGAAUUUGACGAGUAUGUGGCGCCAAGCGGCCGAUUUUCACAUAAGAAAUGGGCACCCACAAGUGGCCGCGAACAGUUUGGAGGAGUUGUUGAAGAGUAACAAAGGGGAUAAGAAAAUUACGGCUCAGCUGGUCUUGGCCUGUUCACAAUUUGAUAAGUCACGAGCUGUUGAGUUGAGCAAGCAGUUGCCGUCGAUUGAAAGUCUUUCGGAGAAUAUUGAUGUGGAAACUUUGCAAUUGUCGACUCCUUCGGCCUUUAAUUUGAAGAAAAGUCCGGCCGCCAAACAGGACUCACAACCCGGUACCCCCAAGUCCGAGGGUGGGGUUGAGAAGCAGAAAAAGCACAGGAAACGUAAGGGUAAAUUACCCAAGAAUUACAACGCGAAUAUCCCGCCAGACCCAGAGAGAUGGUUGCCCAAGUAUGAGAGGACAGGUUUCAGGAAGAAGAGGGACAGGCGUGCGAAGGACGUCAUUAAGGGGUCCCAAGGGACAGCGUCUGGACAGGCGGAACAAUAUGAUUUUUCGAGCAAAGUCACCGAGCAAGAGGCUGAAAGUCCGACUGUUGAGCCUUCGCCAAGGGCUAGGGCGCAGCAUCCGCAAAAGAAGGGGCAACAGAAGAAGAAGGGCAAGAGGCGUUAAUUUUUUAUUUUUGCAAAUGUGGGAAUAAAUGGUGUGAAGAAAUAAAAA